UCUGCAGUCAACACUCGGCAACUCGAGAGCCGAGCGCAGGGUCGAACGACGAGCCGCUAGCAGCAGACAGGCAGAUCAGUACAUCUUGAGCAGCGGACGAUAGGGGGUCGUUUAUCUUCACACCGCUAAAUCCGUCACUGAAAAACUAUGACAGCGCCUUCUUUGUUCGGGACCGUGCUGCGCCUUCACAAAAGCAGGGUCCUGACAGCAGCACUUCGGGGCCAUGGGCUGCGUUUUGCCUCCUUUGUCCACCAGGAAGGCUACAUAGGCGGUCAGUGGGUACCUGCUGCAAGUGGCAAAUUAUUCCCUGUCACUAACCCAGCCAAUGGUGAAGUGGUGGGCAGUGUGGCUGACAUGGGAGAGGAGGAGACACAGGCUGCCAUAGAUGCUGCCCACACUGCCUUCCAGACAUGGCACAAGACAACAGCCAAGGAGAGGUCAGGUCUGCUGCGUCAAUGGUACAACUUGGUAGAGGAACACAAGGAAGAUCUGGCACGUCUCAUGGUCUUGGAGUCUGGCAAACCCCUGGUCGAGGCACGUGGGGAGAUAAGUUAUGGCAGUGCCUUCCUGGAGUGGUAUUCUGAAGAAGCCAGGAGAAUAUAUGGUGAGGUGGUGCAGAGUCCUGUCACCAGCAAGGAGAUGGUCUUCAUCCGUCGUCCCAUUGGUGUGGCCUCAAUGAUCACUCCAUGGAACUUUCCUAAUGCCAUGAUCACACGUAAGGCGGGAGCAGCUUUGGCCGCCGGCUGCACCUGUGUCGUCAAACCUGCCGAGGACACUCCUUUCUCUGCUUUGGCUCUUGCUGAACUUGCUGAGAAAGCUGGAAUCCCUCCAGGUGUGGUGAAUGUGGUGACAGCUUCCCGUGGCAACACUCCUGCUGUAGGCAAUCUGAUGUGCUCCAGUCCUAAAGUGGCUGGUGUCUUCUUUACAGGUUCAACUGGUGUUGGGAAAUUACUGUACAAUCAAUGUGCACAGGGAGUGAAGCGUAUUGGUCUGGAGCUUGGAGGCAAUGCACCAUUCAUUGUCUUCAAUUCUGCAAGUGUUAAAGAUGCAGUGGCAGGUCUCAUGGUGGCUAAGUUCAGGAAUGCAGGACAGACCUGCAUCAGUGCCAACAGGGUGCUGGUACAGGAAGGAGUGCAUGACCAGUUCUUGGCUGCCCUGAAGGAAGCAGUGGAACAACAGACAGUGGUGGGGGAUGGCAUGAAGGAUGGAGUCACUGUGGGCCCACUCAUCAAUGCCGCUCAGCUGAAAAGGGUUGAGAAGAUUGUGCAAGAGACCGUGGCAUGUGGAGCCCAGGUGGUAAUGGGUGGGUCAGUGCAUUCAGCUGGGGAAUGCUUUUUCCAGCCCACCAUCUUGACUGGGGUGACUGAAGACAUGCGUGCCUUUAAAGAAGAGAUCUUUGGGCCAGUUAUUCCAAUUAAAAAGUUCGAAACAGAGGAGGAAGCGCUGAAGACUGCCAAUGCUACUCAACACGGACUGGCCAGCUAUUUUUACAGCCAAGAUGUUUCUCAAGUGUGGCGAGUGGCACGAAGUCUGGAAGCAGGCAUGACUGGCAUCAAUGAAGGCCUCAUUUCUGCAGCUGAAGUUGCUUUUGGUGGCAUCAAGGAAUCAGGCAUUGGAAGAGAGGGUUCCAAACAUGGCAUUGAUGACUACACCUACAUUAAGUACUUGUGUUUUGGAGGUAUCAACUAGCUUCACCUUUGUAGUAAUUGUAAAACAUUAUAUUCUAAAAGUAAUUGUUGAAAUAGUUAUCCAAUACCUUCUAGAAGGAAUCCAUGGAGCAUCUCUUCCUGGUAGCAGCUUAAAGGCUGAAAAGAGCACAGCUAGUAAAUAUAUUAGGAUGAUUGUGCCCUCAACCAGCUCAGAUAAAUGAUUUAUGUUUGCCAUAUCAGCAAUCAUCAGUGUUCAGAGGAAAGUUUGAGUAAGACAUCUCUGUUCCAUGCAAUUGUUUGCAAAAGUAAUGAAAGUGAUAAAUGUAAUCCAGAUUACUAAACAAGAACCACGUUGUAUUUUUGCUUACUUGAGGUUGCAUCUGUCCAUGCUGCAACAAGUAAAGCUUCAGGUGGCAUCUUGUCUACCAUACUGCAGUCACUGGUAGACUGCAGUCGCAUGUGAUUGCUGCUGGUAAAUUACACAAUUGUUACACGAGUCAAUCUGUUCCCUUAUUGCUGCGAUGGUGACACUUUUUCUGUCAUCACUUCUUUAGAACGUACUUGAAGUAGCUCUCUAUCCCUCUGAAGCUUGUAUGUUACUGGCUAUCAUGCCUAAAUCUACCAAUAGGUAUGUCAAGAGUUAAUGGAUACAAAGUAUCCUGGAGUAAUUCAAAUUAAAGUAGAUAACUGUUA